AGACGCUCGCGCUGUCGACGGCUGCAUCGGUCGCUGUCUUCAGUUUCAUCAUGUUUCGACCGCUUCAGCUAGGUCGCCUUUCAAUCGACGGGCGAGCGCGGUACCUGCUGGCAGUUAGUACGAGCAAGAAGUAGCCGAUGAGAAGGCUGACAAUACUGUUUCAAGCCGUGAAAGCCAUGGCGACCGCAUCCACACCACGGCACCGUGCGGUGGUACUCGUUGACAUGGACUGCUUCUACGUCCAAGUCGAGCAGAGGCUGGCUCCCGACUGGAACGGCAAGCCCUGCGCGGUGGCACAAUACAACACUUUCCAGGGAGGAGGGUUGAUAGCGGUCAACUAUGAGGCCAGGGCGUUUGGGGUCAAGCGUGGCAUGAGGGGGGAACAGGCUGCCAAGUUGGCCAAGGAUCUGCACCUGUUCCGAGUGCCAGAGGUCCGAGGCAAGGCCGACCUUACCAGGUACCGGGAGGCAGGCGCCGAGGUCCUAUCCGUGCUGUGCCAGUUCAGCGAAGUGGUCGAACGUGCGAGCAUAGACGAAGCGUACCUGGACCUCACGGAAGCGUGCAAGGCGGUACCUCUGCCUCGGAGUGCCGACGCCCUCCCUAACUCCUUCCUUGGCCAGACUCCCAAGACUGCUUCGCAGAGUGGCGAGGACGACGCCAAAGCCGAACUCGUGGCGUGGCUGUCCGAAAUCGAAGACCCCGACUGUCCGGAUGCCCUCUUGGCACGAGCGGCGGUGCUCACGGAGCAGAUACGGGCGGCUGUCUUCACUCAGACGGGCUUCCGCUGCUCUGCUGGGAUUGCACACAACAAGGUGCUGGCCAAAUUGGCUUGCGGUCUGCACAAGCCCAACAAGCAAACAGUCCUGACUGAGGCAGGGGUGCCGCUCCUGUUUGCCACGCUCCCUGUUCACAAACUGCGCAAGCUUGGUGGCAAGUUGGGCAAGGACAUUCAGGAGCUCCUGCAGGUCGAAGUGGUGGCCGACUUGUUGCGGUUCUCCCAGGAUCAGCUGUCGUCCCACUUCGGCCACAAGACGGGUACGUGGCUGUACCAGCUUGUACGUGGCAUUGACUACGAGCCGGUGACCCCCCGUAAGCUGGCCCAGUCCAUCGGUUGCGGCAAGAACUUCCGAGGCAAGCUCGCUCUCGACACUACAACCAAGGUGAAGCACUGGCUGGACCAGCUCUCCGAAGAGCUAGUCGAACGACUCCUGAGGGAUCGGGAACAGAACCACCGGAUUGCUCAGUUGCUGGUUGUGAGCUUGCGGAAAGUGGGGCAGGAAGGUGGCACUUCGCGUUCCUGCCAACUGGUUGCCUACGACACUGCCAGGGUUGCAAAGGAUGCAUUGGCUGCUGUGAUGAAGCUGAACACAACUGCCGCAGCAUCCAAGGACAGUUGGAAGCCACCAUUGACAAACCUCAUGUUGGCAGCGACGAAGUUUCGGGACAGCUUGGAAGACGGGUCCCAAGAGAUCUCCAAGUUUCUCGUGCGGCAGUCGGAGAAGGCUGACAAGUCCGAGAAGCCAACGUUGGCACCACUGCCACCCGCGACACCGCAGAAAGGCCAGAAAUUGGCCGAAAAAUCAGAGGAGGACGACAAAGCAUCCACUGCUAUGGAAGGGCCAGCACCGUCGUGCUCCUUGGUAACACCCAAGAAAGAGGAAGGGUUGAACGACACCCUUCCCUUCUCGGAGAAGCUCGCGAUGAUCCUGCAGAGCCCCCGAGAAACUAGGAAACGCAGCGACAACUCGCCGCCCCCAGCGGCGGAGCAGCGCCGCGUGGAAGAGGUGAAGCGGGCGUUACCCGUCGCGGUGUCUCCGAAAAAGACCGUAAAGGUUGCAGCGACCAAGGCCAAGAAGACGGCAUCUAAGAAGAGCGCCAAGAAGGCUGCGUCGGAGGCUCCAAAACUGAGCUACUUUGAGAAGAUGUGGACGACCAAAAGUGACGCGAAGGCGACAGCAGUGUCUUCCGCGGACAGCCCAGAGCAAACGCGGAGCGCUAUAGACUCGGAAACGGGUAUCCCCGUCGAGAACGACGACGGUGCUUUUAACGACCGAUGCUCGAUUUCUCGUAAUGACGAUGCAUUGCCCGGUCCCGCCUUUCUCAACGAGAACGCUGACGACUCGACCCGAAGUUCGGUCCUCUCGAAUGAAGGUGAUCCGAAGCCUUUGACAGUUCCUGAAAAUGUGGACGCUGCUGAUAAGAUUUCCAUACCUGCCUCUUUUAAUGACGAUGUAUGCUUCAUCGACUCGAAUAGUGAUGGAGAGGGUGGCGUAAGAGGAAGCGAGAAUCGUCUGUCGAUAGACCCGAGCUUGUUGCACAAGUGUGGUCAGUGUGGAAAGACCGUCGUGGUCUGGAAGAAGGAAGAACACGACGAUUAUCAUGUUGCGCUGAAACUGAGCCGUGAUGAACGCGUUCCUACGCCAUCGUCUUCCAGUGUGACAGCUGUCAGUCGGAAACGAACUGCUUCGACGACGACAAAGAAGGCAUCUCGAACGAAAAAAGCAUGUGCUGAGAAGACAAAAACGUUGAAAGACUUCUUCUCGUGAUUACAGUUGGAGUGUUUUUUUAGAUAACUUAAUGUGUUAGCGAUUACGUUGUAUAGAUUUAUUUUCUGCAGCUUGACAAGAUGGUGAAUUUUCGUGGCACUUUUCUGACCUAUGAGUGAUAAAGAAUUUAUACGCACUAUCUUUGAGCAUUUUGUACAUAUGCAAUUUUCAUGUUUUUAUUAUACAAACCCGGUGUACGUUUUACAUGUAUGAAUUGUACAGGGAAUCGCGGUGCUUUUUUUCCCUUUAAUUUGUAUCUAGAAAUGUAAACAUCGGCUAUAUCCACAAUUGUCUACAGUAAUUAGCUUGUAUAUCUGCAUGUGACUUUUAAAAUUGCUUGUUGAACUUGUGCGUAGUUGUACGGUGUUUCGUGUUAUUUAUAUGUAGUGAUCAAGUGUGUGAAUAGCGUUACAAGUUGUUAAGUCUAGAAUUCAUUUACAGCAAGUUUUCACUGUACUGACAACAACAUUCCGAUUAGAUGCUCUGUUGCUUCAUGUCUGUAACCUCACCUAGUGUUUCUCAGAAUCGUGUCGUGUGUGUAUUGUAACAUUUGCACAGUUUUUGUGACAAUUUAUCGAAAUUUUACAAACAACUUGGUGCACCCCAUUUAUUUUGGGAAGAUAGAUAGCAUGAAUUUUGAAAGCUUUGUUUACAUUUUUAUAAUGAAAAGAUAUAUCUCACAUUAUUUAAGUGGCCCAAACACGAGGACCUCUUCCUUGAGCUUACGCUACAGGAUCAAGUGAAAUAAAGCAUGUGAUAUGACAUCAGAUAUCACAUCGGAUGCAGUAUCUCAGUGGUCUUUGAUUAGUGUGUGUGCAGCAGGAAGUGUGCUUGGCUUCUUCUCUGCACUGCAGGAAACAAGAAUACCUCUGUUAUUUAAUCACUAAUGCAUUGUGUAUUGUGCAUAAGGUGCUUAUUAAAGCACCCCAUAUAACCAAACUUAAUCUGUAGUGCCUACUACUGCAAUCUCAUAAACAGAUUCUAGUUUCUGCACAUAAAACUCCAGAAUUUAUUUCAAAAUUAAGUUACUUUCAGCUUCGUCACGUCGUUAUCUUGCACGUGCACAUUCUGAAUGGUUGUUAGCAUACCCUCAAUCUGUUCAACUAUUUGGAAGUUUUAGUGCCUCUUGCAGCGUAAGAACACAGCCUUUCUACCACAAAUUUUAUCUAUAAUUUUAUGCCUUUAGAUUCCUUUUAUCCAUUCUUGUGUUUGCUAUGUUUUUAAGCCUGAUGUGACGUCCCCUUCAUGUUUGCAAUCUGAAGACUAUUUGUUGAUUUGUCCAGCCUGGGUCUUCUGUGUCUGUGCAAGUGGCAGUUAUAUUUGACUCGUGUUAUGACAACCUUUGAUGGAGCUGUUGCUUUUUAAUAAAUAGAAAAUGCUUUUAG